AGGGCGCUACGCGGCAUACGCUCUUUUCACUCCGCUUCUCCACCCCGCCUGCUCAUCUGCGGAUACCAUUUGGCUGCGUUUGCGCUUAGAUCGCUUUGGUCAUCUGUCCCGUCGUCGUCCGACGUCCGCGUCAACGGCAGAUCGUUCUUAUCGGCCUGAUGCGCAGCCGGUUGUUCGACCACGACAUCGUUUUUUAAGGAUUGUAUCGCGACGUCCCGACGUACUUCGUCAAAGAUGCAGCAUUUUCUAUCGUUAUUCUUGGUAAUUUUAAUUAUACAAACGUCGGUCGCGCCACCUGUUUCUCAAAACAAGAAUGAAGAUCAUAAAGACAAGGAAAACGAGGUCGAUGACUCAGAGGAUGUGGCGAUUAUUAUGGAAUAUCACAGGUACCUGAAAGAGGUAAUUCAAACUCUGGAGAGUGACAUGGAAUUCCGUGAGAAAUUGGAGAAGGCCGAUGAAGCUGACAUACGCACAGGCAAGAUAGCGCAUGAGCUGCAGUUUGUGGAUCACAAAGUCAGGACGAAACUAGACGAAUUGAAACGAGAGGAACUAGAGAGGUUGAGGCAUCUCGCCACCAAGGAGCAUAAUUUGAUGAAUGGUCUGGAUUUGAAUCACUUGAAGAUAGCGGAACACUUGGAUCACUCCAACAAGCAUACGUUCGAGAUAGACGAUCUGAAGAAAUUGAUUGCGAAGACCACGCAAGACCUAGCGGAGGCUGAUAAACGAAGACGCGAGGAGUUUAAGGAGUAUGAAAUGCAAAAAAAGUUCGACGAAGAGCAAAAGAUGAAGGGCAUGAAGGAGGAGGAGAGGAAGAAAUUCGAGGAGGACUUGGAAGCGAUGAAGAAGAAGCACAGGGAGCAUCAACCUCUUCAUCAUCCCGGUAGUAAGCAACAACUGGAGGAGGUAUGGGAGAAACAAGAUCACAUGGAGAAUCAAGAGUUCAAUCCCAAGACAUUCUUUUACCUUCACGAUCUGGACGGCAAUGGUUUUUGGGAUCAAGACGAGGUGAAGGCUCUAUUCUUGAAGGAAUUGGAUAAGAUUUACAACGAAGGCGCCCCUGAGGACGAUAUUUACGAGAGACGCGAAGAAAUGGAAAGAAUGAGGGAGCAUGUUUUCAACGAGGCCGAUCUCAAUCACGAUGGUCUUAUAAGUUACCAAGAGUUCUUGGAGCAAACGAAGAAACCUGAUUUCCAACGGGACGAAGGAUGGCAGGGACUGGACGAGCAGCAGAUUUAUUCUCAGCAAGAAUACGAGGCUUACGAGAGGCGCAGGCAAGAGGAGCUGCAGAAGAUGAUCUCUAAGGGAAUGUUACCACCAUCCCCUGACAAUGCACAUCUACCCGUCCAGCACGAGCAGUUCCCACCGCAGUACCAGCAGCAAUAUCCAGGACAUGUAGCGGGGCAACAACCGAUAGGUCACGUACCGCCGCCGCCGCAAUACCAGGGUCAGAUUCCACCGUAUCAGGCUCAGAUUCCGCAACAGCAGCAGCAACAUUAUCAGGGCCAAGUGGUGCAGCAACAACCACAGUAUCAAGCGCACCCUUCGCAGUAUCAAGAGCAAGUGCCACAUCAGCAGCAAUUCCAAGCUCAACAGGCACAGCAACAAUACCACCAAGGCCAGCCACAGCAAGUCCAACAACAAUUCCAGGGCCAGCCUCAUCAGGCACAACAAAUGCAACAACAAGCGCAACAACAACAACCGCAGCAGCAGCAACAGACGCAGAAUGAAGUGCCACCAAAUAUUCAUGGUAACGCCCCGUCGAAUAAUCCAGGAGUUGUGUCAGGCGGACAACAACCGAGUCCGCCGAUCGCAUCGAAUCCCGCUCAGCAACAGCAGCAGCAACAACCAAAUCCGAAUAGUAUACCGAAUGUACAGAAAGUGUAGAAACACACUACCUGAUAAAUGGUAAAAAUAUCUUUUAGCUGUUUCUUUGUGAAGUGUGAUCCGAUCCUAAUCUAAUGUAAAAGUGUCGGGCGGAUAAAUUUGAUAGAUUGAUUUAAAGAGGCUAUGUGCAAUUUUUCUCAGAAAUUUUCAGAUUAAAUUUCGAUUUUUUUUCCUUAUUUAAUUCAAAAUUUAUACUUCAUUUUACAUUUUGAAAAUAUUUGGUCCUAUUUUCAAAGUGUACAUAUUUCGUUCUGGAUUUAUAUCUGAGAUCUUCGAGUAAAAUCUAAAUGUAAUAUAGCAUUUAUAUUAUGAUCUUAAACAAUAUAUGCAUUAUUUUCAGUAUAACAUACGUGAAUUAUAUAUUAAAAAUAUACGGAAUGUGAAUUGUAUAUUAAAAACACAUUGAAAUAUGUCAUCUGAUUGUUCUUAGGAUCAGCCAUCGAAUUAGUUUCACAAAUUCGUUUCUAACGUCAGUAGUAGGGAUGGAAAUUAGUGUUUGACUUUUUUAAGUUAAAUGAUCGAUUAUGCUAUAAAUGUUUUUAGAUUUGAUUAAAUUUUAUGAUAGUUUUUUAAUUCGACGUUAUCAAGUGGCAGUACCACAGUGCAAUACAAACAGUACAUAAAAUAAAAUAACAGAAUGAUAAUA